AUGGGUUUGUCUUCUGUUCUCACCCACCUGGCUCCGGAUGCAGAAUUCCAGAACAAAGACGACGCCUACUGCUUCUCCUUAGCGAAGGCCCUCUACUGUGUCGCCACUCCUGUGACGGUGGGCUUCUAUGCCCCAUGGGGACACUGCACAAGCUUUCUCUUGGGCAGGAUCCAAGAGUACAUGCGUCUUCAGUCGCUGAAAAAAGACGAGCAGGAGUUUCAGCGGACGAGGACAAAACAGCGCGAGGCCUCAGGCUGGGAUCUGGUCUCUCUCGUCUUCCUUAUGAUAUUCUACCGUCCCGUCCUGACCCUGCAGCACAAGCAAAGGAAGAACGUGCGGCACCUCUUUAUCCAUUUUAGCGCCUGGGAAUACGCUGGCAGCGAUCAACUCUGGGCAGGACUGAUUACUGCUCUGUGUGAUGGUAUCGAGGGUUAUUUCGGUCUUGCCCCCAUGAGUCUCUACAGGGCUGUGGGCAGAAAAUCUGGUAUUGUUCAUGCACCUCUCGAUAAAGAAUGGGUCAGCAAGAAAUUCCUCUGCCUUCCAUUGUGGGCUGCUGUCGUCCUAGUUUCUGGAGUGGCCAUUGGGGUGGCCGUCCUCAUCUUUAUGUUUGGGAUACCUGUUGGUGACACUUCAGGAGACGCCAUUGCUCUCGUCGAGGGUGUCGGGGCCACGGCGGUCGGCUUCACUGUGGCGGCGGGUAUCAGGAUGGCUAUCAUGGUGGCAAGGAAUGUCAUCAUCACUCAGAAGGCGCAGCUGGAGAGGCAGAUGAACCGGACAGACCUCAGCGCCCAGCUGGGUUUCAUGAGCAACGUCAAGAGGGAAGUCAAGGUCGUCGCCAGGUUCCUCCGGUUCAUGGAGAUCUUCCAACGGAGGAAGCUCCGUGUGGUGCUGGUGAUCUCCAGCUUGGACCGGUGUAGCCCUGACAAAGUGGUGGGUGUCCUGGAUGCCAUGAACAUCCUUCUCUCGGACUAUGAGGCACCCUUCAUCUCCAUCCUGGCGGUGGACCCGAGUGUGAUUGUGGGCUGUGUAGAGAGUUCCUUGUUCAUGAAAGGCAUGGCCAACAAUGGCUACGAGUUCUUGAACCGCAUCAUCACUUUGCCCUUCUCGGUUCCCAAGAUGGACUGCGAGACCAAGAUGCAGAUGAUUAAAAAUAUUGUGGACUGGAGACACGAGCUGGAGAAAAGCUUUGAAGACGAGGAAGAACUCAAAGCGGAUUCCCAGCAGAGAAACACGGGAGAAAACCAGGCCUUGUGCUCUUGUGGGGAUUCUGUUCAGGAUCCAGGAUCAGCUUUGUGUCCUUGUGGGGAUUCUGUGGACUAUAACAGGCUCAGGCAGGAAAAAAAAGAUGCUGAGAUACCUUUGGUGGUUGUGGUUCCUGAACGGCAAAAGCCACCCAAAGGGAGGUGUGGGAAAGGCUUCAAAGCCAAAGACCUAAUCCAGGAGGCUCUGGAGUUCCUCCAGGACGAAAGCAUGAAAGAAUACAUGACGGACAACCUGGUGCAGAUGAAAAGGAUUGUCAACAGCAUCUCUGUCACGGUCAGACUCAUGGCGACAGAAGUCCCCCGGGAGAAGCUGUGCCCGCGGAAGGCAGCAGCCUGGGUCCUCCUAGCCAACCAGUGGCCUUGCCGCUUGAGCUGGAUCCUGCAGUGCAUUGAGGACGACGAGCAGACGAGUCACUUGGGCUUGUCACACGGGUGCCACUUGGCCCACAACCUCUUCCUCUGGGAUGUGUACGAGAAGUACGUGGAGGAGCUCGACAUGUUCAGAGCUCAGUUGGAGAAACUACUAGAGUUGGACGGGGACCCUGAGCUGUUCCAAAUCUUUCUCUGUGGCCGGUUCCAGGUGGAGGACGCCCUCUUCUUCCUGCCCUUUACGGUCAACUUGGACUCCUCCUUGAAGAGGCACAUGGAGUUGUUGCGGGGCAGCCACAGCCUGAAGAGGACGAAGAAGUCUCUGGGGCUCUCCAAAUGCGUGUUGAUGAGGAUGUCGGUGGAAGAAGUCUGCCGGGAGAUGGACAAACUGGACUUGAAGAAGGAAAACGCCCAGCGGUACAAAGCGAGGCUGAAGGAGCACAAUUUGAGUGGCAGGGCCUUGGUUUAUAGCGACAGAAACGAAAUCCGAGAGGCUCUGGGGAUGGGCCUUGGGGAAUGGAUGACCUUCAGCGUGUAUUUCUUCGACUCAGUUCCUCCGCAGGGUUCCUUCCCUCCCACGGCAUCCCCAGCCUUGCUGUGCAAGGAGAAGAACUGGUUAGGAUUGCAGGAGAAUGCCUUGAGAGGAAGCCGGUUGUCCUUGAACAUUUCCAGGGAAAAUCUUCACCAAUGAUUCGGGUCCAAGCCUCUGGUGUGUGCGCCAGAAUGGAUAGCGGAGGCUGAAGUGAGAAAACUGGGCUCGCUGUGGCUGCAAAAUUCGAGCAUUCGAGCUGGUCCAGCGGGUUUGGAUCUGAUGCCUGCUCCCUUCCUAAGGAGCACAGUUGGGGAGAUUUGUGUUUUUGUGGGAAUCUUCUGAAACUGGAGGUCCCAAAUAAUGUAUGAGUUUUAUUCACGGGAUAAAUCGGAUAUGUUUAGAUUCAA